CGAAGCGGAAAUCGCUCGCGCCCGGUCGAGGGACUGCCCGCUUAGAGGAAGAUGCCUGCCAAUGUUCUGGGCGUGUGCGCUUGAAGCGCUUGCAAGUGAGUGACUGCCUUGGGUGGGGCGCGGGGGCGGGGGAGAGGCUGGGGAAUGGGAGAGAGGCGCCCGCAAAAGAACCCGAAAGGGAUAGAAGGAAAAGGAUCGGGCCACAAGCAGGCGGUUUCCCGCUAACUGCCCGGUGCUCCGUCCUCCAGCUCUCGAGGUUGGCGAAGCGUCUCCUCCUCGCGCUGCUGCUUUGCAAUUUCCCCGAUCUCGACCGGCUCGCUUGCUGAGCCAAUUCCCUGGCACAUUUCUGUAGGGCAAGUUAAAUAGGUUUUUCGUUAUUCUCUACGAAAAGAACUCCACACACACUUAUGCUAGCACUUGGAAAUUAGACCGAAAACACAAGCUGGAAAUUAAGCCUGUAAUCCUAAGUAUGAUUGCUUGAAAUUUAACUCCCAUCAAAAUCCAUAUCACAUAUUUCAGAGAAUGUUCCUUAGGUUCGGAGCAUUAAUGUCAGACCAUUGUUCCAUCUAUCACAAGAUCUUCUGCACUGACUGGUAGCAAUCCCCUCCCCACUCCAGCCCUACCUGGAUAGGACAGGGUUUGAACUUGGGACAUUCUGUAUACAGAGCUCCUCUUAUUAUUUGGUGAUAACUCAUAGCCGAGUAAGAUUGUCUUCCAUGAACGUGGUCUUAACAGUGAGUCCGUAAGUGACUGUGGAGGCCAAUCCUGGAUUCACACAUCCACAGUGGGGGCAUAGGUUUCUGGGUGGGAAUUGAGCAUGGUGAGGGUUUGCAAAACGUGUCUUCCUCUUAGCUCGUUUCUUCUUUUCAUCCUGAGUUCCAGCGUCUUUGAAGUCCAUGACAGCAGCUGCCCAGCCACUGAAGUAGGGCUCUUCCCCAUUAUGUCCCUUUCAGAGUUCUAACAUGGGGCAAAGUUCUCUCCCUGCACCCCCCUCCCAUAUUUUUUUCUGGUUCCAUUGUUGUAAUCUAUGCAUGGCUUUCAUGCUUUUUCCUAGACUGAAGUUCUACACUGGUGCACAAAAUGUGUAAUAUACCAGUAGCCCAUCUCUGGUUGCUUAUGUUUGACCAGGUGUGAUUCUCUCCAAUCCCUUCUCCAGUUCCCUUGUGCUACAGCACUGAAGGUGGUAAUUUUAUUUCCAGUUCCUUUGGGGGCAGUUCCUGGCUCCCUAAUCACAAAUCCUUAUUUAUAUUACUGACUGCAGUCCUAUCUGUAUCUGUUCAGAAGUAAGCUCCAUCCAGCAGGACUUAUUUUCUAGCUGAGUGCGUAGGGUUGUAGUCUUGAGUUACAUUUCCACCUCCCUUUUAACAGGUCUGGUGUGGCUCUCUUGGAAUUAGUAGGCAAAGAGCUUGCUAGGUUUAUUGACACAACUUCUAAACCCACCCACCUCUGCUUCAUAGCUGGUGCAAGACCCAGUUGGGCCAUGCUGAUUGUCUCUUGUUCUGUUUGUAGACCGACCAGACAAGAUCAUGGCAACUCAGAGUUCCACGUCACUGCAGGAUUUGAUUCGGGAAGAUUUUUUGACUUGCAAAAUCUGCUAUGACCUGUAUGUGGUGCCCAAAAUCUUGCCAUGUCUGCAUACCUACUGCCAAAAAUGCCUAGAGCCCUUGGUAGAAAAUGGGACCAUACAUUGUCCUGAGUGCCGUCUGCAGUCGGAAGUUCCUGGAGGUUCUGUGGGGCUGAAGACCAAUUUCUUCAUUAAUGGCCUCUUGGAACUGUUCCAGAUGAAGCACAACAAGGACCUAGAGUGCACAGUCUGCUCUAGUGCUCAGAAAGUUGUGGCUGCCACUGCCCAUUGCCUGGAUUGCAAGGAUUUCUUGUGUCAAAUAUGUUCCCAGGGCCACUGCUGCUCCCGCCUCACUCUGCACCAUAAGGUGGUGAACCUGGAAGAGUUCCUUGCUGGGCAUUAUGACACUGAGGUAAGAUUCUUACAGGAACUGUGGUGCCAAGAUCACCCGCAGGAGGCGCUCCGUUUCUUCUGUGAUACCUGCAGCAUGUCCAUCUGCAGGGAUUGUCGCAUGCUGGACCAUUUCCAGCACAAAGUGGUGUCCAUGUCCAGUGCAGUCCAGCGGAAACGACCUUCUGUAGAGCAGUUGAUCAAGAGCUUGCAGGGAACAAUUACCUGCAUCUCUGAACAAGAGAAAGCUGUGGAGGAGGCAAUGGACAAACUAAAAGUAGAGAGCGAACAUGUCAAGGAGAAGAUCUGCAAGUAUGUGGAAGAUAUCACUACUUACAUCUUUGCCCAGAAGGACUGUGCUUUGGCAAAACUGAAUGCCUUCCUAACAGAGCAGCUGGAGCAUUUUUGUUUAGCACGGAAGGAGCUACAGAGUCAGAAGGACAAAGCAAUGAACACUCAAGAGUUUUCUCAGCGUAUUCUAUGUGUUGGGAAGGACUCUGAGAUCCUUCACCUGGAAGGAAUGAUCAGGACUAGAGUUGAGGAGCUUCAGGCACACAGACUGCCACAACUCCAAAGUCAGAUUCCAGAAUUAACCAUUGCCUGGGAUGAACCCCAGCAACUCUCUGAAGCAUCGAUUUUCAGUCUUGUCUUUCCUGGGGAGCAACCCACAAGAAAUGCGCAGCCGUUGGAGCUGGGCAGUGAGUCACUGACGUCUCUGGGCGAGGAGAGUGGGGAGGUUACGGGCACUCCUUCUGAUUCAGAUGAAGACUCCUUCACAAGUGAAUCUGACUCCCACUUUAAAAGCUCUUUUUCCUCCACUGGCUGGAGCAGAAGAGCAGGGUAUGCUUUCAGCUUUCAGCUAGAUCCAUCCCUCACCAAACAAAAGCCUAAUAUCACUGGGAUUGCUGUCGUGCCUCACAGUGGUCAAGUCGUCCUUUUGGAUCAGGCAAAUGCUGAGAUAAAGCAAUAUAGCGCCUGUGGCCACUUUGAGGGGGUGAUUCCUUUGCCUGCAUCUAAUUCUGUCUUCUGUGGCAUCUCUGUGUGUGGAAAAAUCCUGGCCUGUUCCUCAGAGACUCAUCUUUUUUUCCUGAAUCUUGAUGGAUUAUUCCUGCGUAAACUGCAGCUGAGGGGCUCUGAAUCGUCCUAUCCCCUUGCCUCAUAUGGAGACUCUUAUGUGGCUGUUAGUGAAGGAACUCUCUGUUCCAUCUCAUUGUAUAGCCCAUCUGGGGCAUGUGUUGGUAGAGUCCAGCCAGACAACUAUCAUGGGGGGAAAUUCCUGUUCAUUGCUGUAAAUAGCUGGGAGGAGUUUGUUGUCUCAGACUUCAUUAAGAAACAAAUUGUGGUCAUGGAGAAGUCUGGGGUUGUUCUGAAUGUGCUUAACCCCUCAACUUCACUGCUGGCCAAGCCAUUCAGCAUCUGUGUUGAUGAAGACAGGAACAUUUUUGUGAUUGAUCAGUUCAAAGUGAUACAGUUCUCGCCAUAUGAUAAUACUGGGAAGGUUGUGUUCAGUGGCCAGUGUAAGAUGGGAAGACCCAGAGUCCUGGCCAUUGAUAGUAAUAACCUCAUUUUAGUGAGGGAAGAUGGAAACACUCAUGUCUUUUACCUAUACGGUAGUUUGCUAUAGCUCAUUAGAGUAUGAAUCAAGUGCCUAAUUCUGAAAUUCUGAGCAUCUUUCUGGAAACUGAGCAUCUUUCUGGAGACUGGCACUAUUGUGUUAACUAGAUAUUGAGAUGGGCUUCAGCCUUUACUAGACCCGAGAUCAGACCCUGGGUAAGAAAUACUGUUACACUCAGAUGAAUAUGCAUUGCUGAAGUCUUCUUGCUAUUGUUAGAGCCUGACUUGAGAAUAACGGCAGUAGAUCAAGAUCUUACAUGUACCUUUAAACCAUGCAUUACAUUCACACAAUUACUAUGAUCUUGUCUUUGUUCAGACCUCUGGAGUCUGCUGCUUCAAUGCAGAUCUCAGUCGAAGGACCCAUGAGAACAGGUGGCCAGACUUUUAUUUGGAACUGACAUUCCUACCUUCUCUGACAUUGUGGUCAUGGCAAAUUUUGUAGAUGCAUCAGCAGGCUUGGUCCUUCAUUCAAUGAGCAAUAGACCAGCUAUUCCUUUUUUAAUCUGAUAAUUCAAAUUCAGGCAUCAGGGUUAGUGCUGAGGAGGUCUCGGUCCUACCAUUAUAUUUACAAAGACUAGGCUUAUAACAUUCCACUUCCUUCACCUGCUGCUGUGUGGACCAGGAACUAUUGUGCCUUGCCAUCAGAUUGAAUUUUUUGGAGAAGGGGCAAUGUGAACAAGCAACGUAGCUUCUAGUGUAAUUUUAACAGAAACAUGCAUUCAGUGUGUGAUUUGUGGAAAUGUGGAUGUGUUUUCACAUACUUCUUCUCACAAGCAUUUAAUGCGCUUGCUAAUCCCUGAGUACUCAUGGAAUUGUAGAAAUUCAAUAAUUCUCCUUGCAUACAUGUUCCUUACUCAAUGCCUACUAAAUAUGCUGUCUUUGCUAGGGCUUGACAACUGUCACUGGCUCCAUAAGCAAACGUGGAGGUGCUGAGACCAGGAAUAUUGUAUUCCAAGCUUUUUAUGGGCACACAGCUCAAGGCCCAUGUCUUAAGAUCCAUGCAGAUGUCACCUAUGAAUGGCUAUAUGCACAUUUAGUUGGCACCAAGAUCCGUAGUUGGUGAGCUACUGUCUAAUCUUCCUGCUGUUCAUUUUGGUAGUAAAGUAGUCAUCCAGUUCCCUGACUUUCCACAUUCAUGCCCAAGGAUGCACAAAUGACUAGUCUUGAAGAUGCACUUGAAGAUGUAGAGCCCAAUAUCACCUUCUGCAGGCACACAUACUGGAAGGUGGCCUUUCUGCUGUCUUUUAACACAAGGCCAAGAUUGUUCCUACAGAUCAUUCCCUUUUUGACCAAGCUGUGCUGUAGAUUUCCUCUGAUAGCUCUGUGCUUGGGAAAGUUGACUAGACAUGUAUUUUAUGGGGAAAGAAGACCAAAACCUAAAGAGUAAAGGGAUCAUAUGCUGCCUGCAAAUCUAGUUCCUGUUACAUCUAGUUAUCCUCUGAUUAAACAGGAAGGAAUUUUAUCAGCCUCAACAUCCUGCACCUAUGCUAGGCCCCUGAGCCUCCCUGCGCUCCAUUAGUUUUACAGAUACUAUGGCAUUGUUCAAAGAGCAGUGGCCCAGAGUGCUUCAAAGCUGUUGCAGUCACCAACUGGGCUUCUUGCCUUUGUCUUUUGGAGUUGUUGUAGCUUGACUUCCUUCCUCUCUUCUUCUGUGCCCUCCCCUUUCCUGGAGCAAGGUUGGGGAACCUGUGGUCCUGCAGAGGUUGUUUGGACUCCAACUCCCAUCUGCCCCAGUUAGCAUGACCAAUGGUCAGGGAUGUUUGGCGUAUCCAUCCAACAGCAUCUGGAGAGCCACAGGUUCCCCAUCCAUGUUCUAAGAAAUGGGUAACUGUUGAAGGUAUGAAGAGGAGUGCAGGUACCUCUCUGCUGAAUGCCAUCAUGCCUCAUGAGUAGCCAGGGUCAAGGGUACCCCAUUGUGCAUUACUUCGUUCUUAAGGAGCUGUUAACAUUUCUUCAGUAUAUGCUUUUGAUAUUAAUAAAAUUGAUUAAAUAGCCAUUUUGUUGUACAAUCUCAAGCCAUGUGACUUGGAGCUGGUUUGUAGACAGUAGAAAAGUGCAAGUCUCAAGUUGCCUACUAACUUUUCACAAAGAGAGACACUGUGUGCAUCUUUUUGCAUAUUACUCAGAAGUAAGUCACAGUAAGAUUGCUUCUAAGUAAGCAUAGAUGUUUUUGCCAUGUUGGAAAAAUCUUGAAGGAUAUAUUGUGGCAUAUAUUUUACUGAGUUUUUGCAGUAGAUCCACAGCCUUAUAUCAAAGCCAUGCCUAAUCCUUGGAGCAUGAAAAAGUGUUGUGUCCUUGGCUUUCACCUUACUUUGUGCGAUAUAAAGAACGGGAAUAUGACUUUGAAGCCUUGGACUUGUGGGCUUUUACCUUAAGGUUUAAUCACAGAUGGUUUCUUUGAGGACAUGUGAACACAACUUAGAUGGCACUUAUAGUCUGGGGGCUGGUAGGGCAGGGGUCAUGGGAACAUGGUCUGCUUGGGAUGCCAACAUAUUAUUCACUAAGGUAUCCUAAAGAAAUCUGCUAUGAUAGCACCUGGACCUGAAUAAUAGGUGCACUUUUAAGUUUGGGCCUUGAACCAGUUUGGUGAAUAACUGCAUGUAGCCCACACGCCUAGCAACAAACCCACUACAAUUUCUACACUUUAUUUCACAUUGGUUUUCAGUGCACACAUGAUCAAAUGAGAUUUAAAAGGGGGAGGGAGACUGACCCAAGCAUCAUCAUUAUUCCCUAGAUACAGCACUGGGGGAGCUGACAGAGGCAUUAAUAAAUGAGACAAAUGUAUCCUGCUGCAUCGUACUGCAGUAGAAUAAUAAUAAAGGACUGCUUGAGACUUGUAUGAGUUAAAUCUCUUGCAGCUCAUUUCCUCUGUAGGUGACCCCACUACCACCAUAACAUUUCACAUAUCUCAUUUCCUUACAUCUCCUGUAAAAGAAACUUGAGAUUUUGUAUUUGGAUUGGAAAAGGAAACAUUAAGUUGUUCCUAAUUUGUAUUAUUUACUGUUGAGUGCACAAUCUGGAGUUGCUUUGUACAGAAUACCUAGAUUCACCAAUUUGCAUACUGAUGGCAUACAGUUGUGUGGUUUGUAUUUGGUAUAAGGGCAAAUUGUGAAGGUGUAGCCUUCUGCCUUGCUGUAGUAUAUCAUGGGAGACAUUGCCAUGCUUCUGCUUCUAUUGUAAGCCUUUCAGUGAUCCUGGCCCUUUAAAAAAAUUAUAUCAGCUGUUGCAAAUACUGCCCUUGCUCUGCCUGUUGAGCAUCAACUCAUUCAGGGCAGAGGCUGUGGAUUCUGGGCUCCUUUAUAAAUCAGGGCUUGGGGCUCACCUCAAGUUAAGAAUUGAUUCAAGCUAAAGAGAUAUGGUUACACUAGUGUGGGGAAACUCAGUUGGGCACAAUUGUGGUCACAAAAUAAAUUGUACCCACUGAUUUUUUGUAUCCACAUGUGAGUCUACUUCAAGACCUUUUGGGAAGGUGCUCUAGAUAGAAACUGACAGACAGAGCAAGCCUACUUGGCUGUUAACUUUGAUAAUUUCCCUUACAGAGAGGUCUCCUGAGUAAGCAAAGUAGUUAUUAAUUCCUCAUACUCUAUGAACUAAGUCCCCCAAUGCCAGCUGUAUUCGCCACUCAUACAUUGAUGCUCAUCUUGUAUACAUGCACACAUUCCUGGUAUCAAUUUCCAUGGUCUUGUUUCUAAUCCUGAGUACGCAGGAGCAUUCAAGCAAGGAAAUGUCACUCCCAUCCAUGUAUCCUGCUGGGUACUAAGUGUGUGUGUGCGUGCCUGCCACUGUCUUCACUGUUCUGGCGAGGACAAUAAAACUGUUAGGAUAUAUGCUCCAUGCAGCUUAGUUAUCCCUCAGCCUCCAUGUAACUAUCCAUUCAAAACAGAACUGUAUGCAUUCCAUGAUAAUGACAAUCACAUCACACAAAAACAAGGUUUGGGCACCAAAUUCCAUUUCCGUAUAAUUGCAUCAUUCAUUUUUGUAAAAGUAAGUAGACCUUGGGGCUGCAAAGAUAAACAUUAAGAGGUUGGGGAAAUCAAUAUAAAUUAUUUUUUAAAAAAGAAAAAGGUUUGGGUAAUGCCUGGUGCCACUUCAGAAAUGUUGGGGAAACUAAUUAGUGAAACGAACAUUUGUGUGUGAGAGAAACACUCUAUCCAAAUUGAACAGCCUCUAGUACCAUUUUCACUGUUGUGCUAGAAAAGCCCUUCUUUGGAACGUCGACUAUUUCCACACCUUUAUCUCCCAGCACUCAGUAGCGAAAACAUCCUUAUGUGUUGUGGUCUCUGGCCAACAAGCCCAGGCCGCUAUCUUGGCAGCACAGCUCUGCAGCAGAAAUUCCGGCACAUUGCUGAGUGCAGCACAGGAAGACGCAUCUGGGCCAGGCUGGUUGUCGUAAAGUGCAAAUGCCAGUCCAAGAUUGAGAGUUCAACCCUGCGGUCAAAGGCGGCGGCAGCCACUAGGCGUUUACUUGAGGGUUAAAUGAGAUUUGCUGUGCUAGAGGUAGGAGCGAGCCGCCGGUCGGCUGAGAUGCGUCCCGAGAUGGUGAAGAGGGUGCUGUUGUCCCCAGCGUCCCGGUUCGGAGGCACAGCUGAGCAGCAAGAAGUCCACAUCAAAUAGAGCAGCAGGCUGAGCAGGAUGAUCGCUCCAGAGGCUGUGAGCACAAUGCCACUGACAAACAUGCUGGCAAGGGGGCGUUGGGCAGUUGGGUUGCUGCCAACGCUGGUGGUGGAAAGCACAGUGAGGACUGUGCCACACACCAGCAGCACCAGGGAUGUCACGAGCAACACCGCACAGUCCGAGGCACCGCCGCUCUUCAGUAGCGCAACUUGCUCUCGGCUGCGAAUGCAAUUCAUGUCCUGGAUGGCCGAGCUCAGCAGCUGCUUCAGUAAGACCAAGAGCGCCAGUAGGCAGAGUGUUGUGCCCACUGCCAGCCUCCAUUCCCCAGAGCGGCUGCUUGUACUAUAGAGCAGUGCAAUGCCACCUACCCCACAGGCAAGGAUCAGAGCCACAGCUACCCCAUAGCAGACAAAUGACUUUCUGGGCUCCUGGAACCACCAUAGCUCCACAUGUUCCUCCAGGAUAUUCCUCUGGAUCCGGCUGGCGUUGGCUGGGGGUCUGGGCACACCCAGCGGCUCUAAUUCAGGCAUGCUGGACACUGGAUUGGCUCCUACAUAAAGGUGGGUCCUGCAGAUGGAGCUGCCGCUUCAGCUGGCAAGCCUGGAUGGGUGUGACAUUUCCCAGCAGGAGAGGGCAGCACCCUUCACUUUUUCUUCCUAUGUGAGGGAGCAGUGCCAGAGCCAAAAGCCUGCAGCUGGCGUAUUACUGUAUGCUGUCAGAAGUGCAGCACAGGAGAAAUGUAGGACUCCUCGCUCUUGAAGCCAAAAGUGAAAAGCUGGUUCAGCCUUGUAGCUCAUUUGCUUCCAAGCUCACGGGGAUCCUGGCACAUAUCUG